AUGCCAAUCAUCAGCAAUACCAACCAUGACUUCAGGAACUUGUCAAUCAGCACAGACGACAGCAGUCUUGAUCUCUACUUCACAGACUUCCCUGAGACUGAAACCAUCAAGGGUGUGUACUUUCAACGGGCCCAGCGACUCCCGGACAACUCUGCUCCCAGAGAUGUUGACCACAGUAAACUGGCCCUCAUCAACGUCGGAGGGGAUCGCUACACGUUCCCCUGGAGCACACUGGAGCAAUUUCCCCUCUCUCGUUUGGGACAGUUACGUCACUGCAGCUCACCGGAUGACAUCACCCGGCUUUGCGAUGACUACGAUGAGACCGGGCGAGAAUUCUUCUUCGACCGCAGCUCGGCUGCCUUCCGGGUGAUCCUAAACUUUCUGGCGGCGGGGAAACUCAGACUGCUGCGGGAGGUGUGUGCCGUGUCCCUGUCGGACGAGCUAGUUUACUGGGGCAUCGAGCCUGGUCACAUGGAGCGCUGCUGCAGACGGAGGAUGUUGUCAAGUGUGGAGGAAGUGGCUGAGAGGAAGAGAAAGGAGGAAGAGUGGAGGAAGAAGAGGUCGGCUCCACAAAGAACUCGGGCACGGGAAAAGGGCUUCAUCGGGUUCGUGAGAUGGCUACAGGAGGUCAUGGAUAAUCCUAAUUCGGGAUGGCUCGGGAAGGUCUUUGCGUGUUUUUCUGUGAUCAUGAUUGCCGUGACGGUGAUCAGCCUCUGCAUCAGCACUAUGUCUGAUCAUGACAGCAGGGGUGAAUGCUCAGAAAAGUGCCGCAACAUAUUCAUAGUGGAGACGGUGUGCGUGGCCUGGUUCUCUCUGGAGUUUGUGUUGCGUUUCUUACAGGCUGAAAGCAAACUGAAGUUCGUACGCAAUCCACUCAACAUGAUAGACGUAAUAGCUAUUUUGCCAUACUACAUCUCUUUGGUGGUCGAUAAAGAUGAAAUGGAGGAAGCGGAGCUUCACGGAAGCACCGGAGCUGGUCACGGAUAUUUAGACAAGCUGGGUUUAAUCCUGCGUCUCACACGUGCCCUUCGGAUCCUGUAUGUGAUGCGGCUGGCGCGUCAUUCCCUGGGCCUUCAGACUCUGGGCUUGACCAUGCAGCGGAGCAUUCGAGAGUUCGGACUCCUGCUUCUCUUCAUCUGUGUUGCUGUAGCUCUCUUCUCACCUCUUGUGCACCUGGCAGAAAAAGAAUUCGGAAAGAACAAGGCCACGGGCCCUCACAGCUUCAGUAGCAUCCCCACAUCCUAUUGGUGGGCGAUCAUCUCCAUGACGACGGUGGGCUAUGGCGAUAUGGUACCGCACAGCAUACCCGGUCAGGUGGUGGCCUUUAGCAGCAUAUUAAGUGGCAUCCUCAUUAUGGCUUUUCCCGCCACGUCGAUCUUCCACGUGUUUUCUCGAUCGUAUCACGAGCUCAAGCAAGAACAUGAAAUGACUUGUAAGGAGGAGGACGCAGGCAUGGAAGCCAGUGCUAAAGAGAUUCUCCAGAAGAAGUUUGCCAGACGCUCUUUCUCUUAG